AUGACUGAACAACAGAAGUACGGGAAGGACAUAUUCAACGGGAAGGAAGAGAAUUGGUACCACGAGUUAAUCGAGGACGGUUUAGCUUUAUCCUACAGAGUGGACGAAGUGUACCACCGGGGAAAAAGCGAGUUUCAAGAGAUUGAGGUGGUGCAGACGCACGCGUUCGGGAAGUUAUUAAUCACGGACGGGUUGAUGCAAUCCUCGGAGUGCGACGAGGUGGUGUAUCACGAAGCGUUGGUACACCCGGCGAUGACUUUACACGAAAACCCGAAGCGAGUGUUCAUCGCCGGCGGCGGCGAAGGAGCGACUCUGAGAGAAGUGUUAAGGCACCCGAUGGUGGAAGAGUGCGUGAUGGUGGACAUCGACGGCGUUUUGGUCGAGCAGUGCAGAGAACACUGCCCGUUUUAUAACGCGAACGCGUACGAUGAUCCGAGAGCGAAGCUGGUCAUUGGUGACGCGAAGAAAGGUUUAGAGGAUUACCCGGAAGGAUCGUUCGACGUGAUCAUCAUGGAUUUAUCCGACCCGUUGGACGGCGGUCCGUGUUAUCAACUCUACACCACGUCGUUUUACGAAACCGCGAAAUCGAAAUUGAAACCGAACGGUAUUUUAGUCACGCAAAGCGGGUGCGCGUCCGUGCGAGACGCGCAGUUCGUGUGGUCGCCAAUUCACAACACGUUGAAACAGGUUUUCGACAACGUCAGCGGAUACACCAUGUGCGUCCCGUCCUUCACCUCCGAGUGGGGGUUUAACGUCGCGAGCACGGACCCGGCGAAACCAGAUUUACGCGAAAAAGGCAUGAACGAAGUCGACGCGAGAUUAAAAGCGCGCAAAUUGGAUUCUGUUUUACAAUUUUACGACUCUAUUUCGCACGCUCGCAUGUUUAGCCCGCCGAAGCAGUUGCGAAAGAUGAUCGAAAACGAGACGAGAGUGAUGACGGUUGAAAACCCUCUCUUCAUGUGUACCACAGACACUCACACAGGGUUGUUUGAGAAGAAAUAG